GCAGGAGUAGGUGAACUGAGGGGAGGAAGGUCAGGGUGAGGUUGAGGAAGAAUGUCUUCAGACAUCUUAAGCAGUGAGUUGAUGGUCCAUCAGCUGAGAGUUACAGCACAGCUUGGACCAGAGGCUGUCCUUGCUGAUGCAAUAUGUUUGCUCUCUGAGCUCUGUGUAUCAAUGAGCCCUUCCACAUGCUCAGGCUGUGCGAGAGUCCCAAGGGGCUGCUUUGCAUAGUAGAAUACUAGAAUGAGGCUGCAGGAAGAAUAAUGCCAAAGCUUUUAUCAGUACUGCUUGAGCUGUUCCUUAUGUGAGAAGUCUCUUUUUAAAGCAUCUACUUAAUUUUCUUCUCUGGUAGUAGCUUACAGCUAAAAAAUAUCCGUCCUCAAGGGGUCCCAUUUGUACCAGUUGGAAGUAAGGCCUUUUCCAUAGCAUAAAUCAAAUGUAUUUCUUCUGGUGUAAUUUGCAUUGUUUCAUGGACCAAAAGUAAAACAGAGGAGACAUGAAUUAAAAUUGACAAUGUUUUGCCUGACCUUUGUGCAAGGGAAUAAAGCUGGGCAAGAGCAGUUCUCUGGUGCUACAGUCUCAUGGGCUGCCAAUGUCCUUCUCGUGCAGGUAUAGCUCCUCACUGUCACAUAGCAAACCACCAGGGAAGGGUGCUUGCAGUGAGUGUGGAGGUAGUGAUUCAUAUUUUAUAGAUUGCGCUGUCUGAAAAUGAUGCCUUCUGAACACCUGUGAACUUAAUGAGCCUUGCAGAGGCUGGGAAUGGAAUAAAUGGCAAGUGUAUGUAUUUCAAUAAAUUUGAAGAAGAUAAAUUAGAUGAAGUCUGUAAAAAGACCAUUCAGAGUAUCUGUCCUGGCACUAAACAGGCCUUAGAAUUUAACCUGCUGCUUCGUGCAGUGGGAGUGCUUAUUUUUUUCCUGUAGGUGACAGUUUGGAUCUGAGAUUUGUUGGAAAAGGGGUUAUGUUUACUGAUUUCUGUUUUUAGAGUGAUUUCUGUGUCAUUUAAUAGCAUCUUUCUCCAUGCUAUUGCAUCUAGAUCUUACAUUGCUAAAAGGCCUUUUUUUUUUUUUUUUUUUUUUUAACAAUAUGACUGUUAUGUUUUCUUUACUGAGAAGAAAAAAAACCAAAUCAGCCUGAUAAACUGUCCUUUGAGUAGCUCCGCUAGUAACUAGCAGAGAUCAGGCUGAAGCUGACUGGAUGGAUCAGGCCACCCAGAUCUCUCUGUGCUGGCACUAGAAAUGUCUCCCAUGAGCCACCGUGAGGAAUGGAAUGGUGGUCUCGCUGGAUUUCAGGUCUGACCUUUUGUGGCAACCCUGAUGGCUGUGGUCUACAAAGGUAGUCAUCUUCAUCCGCCAUUCCAUUCACGUUGCUCAGGAAAGCAUAUUAAUGUAUUAAUUUACAGCUUGAUCUAGGUAGACCGAUACAUCCUUUCAUGAAGUUUUCUGGCAUCCGUGAAGAGCUCUCUUUCAGUAGAAACUGAAUUCUCAUCUCUUCUGAUUGGAGGAGAACAAAAAGAGAAAAGUAGGGAAGGUUGAACUUGAGAUCCUCUGUUUAAGAGGUUUAAGAAGUCUGUGGGAGGAAAACACGGGAUGUGUUCUACUUGAGCUUACCACUUCAGUCUCUUUGAUGUUCUUGAUCUGUAACAGCGGCGAGUGAGCAUUUCUCAUCAUUUAUAACAAGGGUUUUAGCUUUCUGUGUUAUAUUUUGUAAAUUGGCAAUAUUUAAGAGCAGUAACAGGUAAGAAUAGAGCUUUAACCGAGGCUUUCAAGUGAUUUAACACAGAGACUUUUUAUGAGUGCCCCUGUGAAUGCUUGGAGGGAAAUUUGUCACGUGCUUUAAACUUACCCCCUUGUAAGACUAAAUAUCUUAUUGUACUGCUGCUGCUGACCCUUGGCAGUUAGUGUGGGUGACAGCUGUGAGAACUGGAAGUAAUCUCACUGCUAGAUACUGUCUUAUUCUCACACAGAGAAGAAGGAGACAAACGCUGGUUUUCCUUCAGAGGUACUGGCAUAUUCCCACAUCCCUCGCUGCUUCCCCCGUAGCUGUCAAUCAUGCUGUAAGGUACAGAAAUGUACAUCCUACCAUGCACAAGCUGUUUGGAAUGGAGGUUUUAAAAAAUGAAGUAGGUGUCAGAAAGUAAAACUGGCACUUGUUUUCAGUGGCUUACAGUUAAUUUUCUGACAAAGAUCCAUGGUAGUUUAAGGCUCUGAUGGUAAUUAUGCGUGUUUGGCAUUAGGUAAUCUUCAGUGCUGGGGAAAGAGGAGAUGAAUGUAAAGUGUUGAGCUCUCCUCUUAUGUGAAUUGAGAGUAGUGCUCCCAAUGUAGGGCUCAUGUGGAUGCGUAGUAAUGAACCUAAUUUACAAGCAGUGACUGCAUUUAAGAUGUUAUCUGGUGCUUUUUCUUCCCUCGGGUUUCCUACAGCUCUCUUGUGGUGAAAGCAGCUCCUCAGCGCUUACCUCCUGACUCCUGUGCUGAAUGUAGUAGAGGUGGCUCUUCUGAGUUGGAAGAGGCCACGUCACUUCUUCCACGUGUAACCUGGACAGAUGUACCACAUCCCAGGACUUCUAAAAAUGCAUUAUGCAAUUGCAGGGAGUAAGCAGUGGGAAAAAAAAAUCAGUGCCUAUUGCUUCAUCUUUAAAAAGAGGAGGACAGAUUUAUGUGAGAAGAAAACAACCUUCUAAGGAAAAAGAGUGGCAGCCAACUCAGAAAGCGGUCAUUGCAGCAUUGAGGCUUAAUUGCCUGAAGUGGAGAGCUUUUCCAACCAUGUUUCAGGUUUUCUUUAUUCCUUUUCUUUUUUUUUCAGGCCUUACAAUAUCAGUGGUUUUCACCAGAGGUACAGAAGCAUUAGUUCAACCUUGAAGUAGUCUGGGGCGUUAGAGGACAGGCUGGGUUUCUGUCUAGGAGGUGUUGUGGCCACUUUACAUCAUGCUUCCCAUGCUUUGCUUUGAGUGAUGGCUCUGUGAACGUGUGCCUGUCUCAGCUUUUCAAGCCUGGCCUUCAGAGCUGCUGUGGUAACUUCCUAGAGAAGGCCCUGGGACUACCCGUGACACCUAGCUGAUCCCAAUGUACUGCACUUUGUCAUUCUGUUAGCACAGACAUAGUCGUUCCAGUCCAUCUUGACCUUAGUAGGAUGAGUCAGAGUCUGAGAAUUGCUGGUUUGUUUGGGUUUUUUUUUAAGACCUCUUUCCAUUAAUUCUGCAUUACCUUGCUUUUCUGAGUUUAAAUCUUAAAGCUGUACUUAAAGUAGCAAAGAAGGUUUAGCCACACAAUUGCCGUUUGACACGGGAAAUUGAAUAGCUAAGCCCCUGCUUGUAUGUAACAGCCCAUACACUGCUGGGUAGAUUAUAUAAUUACUCUUCAUGCAUUAAGCAACCAAUUGCUGAUUUGUGUACAUAUGUAGGUUCAUCCUUUACCAAUUUCCUGUGACUGAUAGUUUCCAGGAGAUUAAAAGAAUAGUUGGUUCCUGUCUUUUUUCCUUUCGCUUUAUUUUAGUCCUCUAGCAAGAAUAUUUGUGUGUGUGUGCGUGUGUGUUUAAUAGCAUUCAUUCCCUAGAGAAUAAUCUCAGUCCUUGUUUUAGCUGGCCUCCUUCUGAGAGUGUGUUAAAUCUGUAGCCAAGAUCACAGGCAGCCCUGGGCAAAUCAUUGGGCUGUUAUUAACCUGCCUCCAUGGCAACUGCUGCUCACCAGCCUGGGGACAAAAAAUGUUUUUAUUCUGCUGAGUUGCACAAAAGGUUCUAGUGAUGCCUUGCACAAAAUGGCCAUUGAAAGGGGAGAUGCAGCAGCGGGUAUUUGUGCUGCACAGUUUCAUAUUUAAAUCAUUUUACUCUGCUGCAAUAGAAGUGGAUGUGCAGCUGAAAACUUCAGCGUGUCGGCCAGGUUGCUUUGAAUGUUGCAUUAAGUGCCUAGGAGGAGUGCCAUAUGCUUCGCUGGUGGCAACCAUUCUCUGCUUCUCGGGGGUCGCCUUGUUCUGUGGCUGUGGCCAUGUGGCACUCACAGGCACCGUGUCCAUCCUUGAGCAGCACUUCUCCACGACUGCCAGUGACCAUGCUUUGCUGAGUGAAGUAAUACAGCUAAUGCAGUAUGUAAUUUAUGGCAUUGCAUCGUUUUUCUUCUUGUAUGGAAUAAUCCUUUUGGCAGAAGGCUUUUAUACAACAAGCGCUGUGAAGGAGCUGCAUGGAGAGUUCAAAACAACGGCCUGUGGCCGCUGCAUCAGUGGAAUGUUUGUUUUCCUCACCUACGUGCUUGGAGUGGCCUGGCUCGGGGUCUUUGGCUUCUCUGCUGUGCCUGUCUUUAUGUUCUAUAACAUAUGGUCAACUUGCGAAGUCAUAAAAUCUCUUCAGAUAAACAUGACGGUUCCAGGAGACCAGAUCUGUGUGGAUAUCAGGCAAUACGGUAUUAUCCCAUGGAACGCUGUACCUGGCAAAGCCUGCGGUCCGAUCCUGGAGAACAUCUGCAACACGAAUGAGUUCUACAUGUCUUAUCACCUGUUCAUUGUGGCUUGUGCUGGAGCUGGUGCCACUGUCAUAGCAUUGAUCCACUUCCUCAUGAUACUGUCUUCUAACUGGGCCUACUUAAAGGAUGCAAGCAAAAUGCAGGCCUACCAAGAUAUCAAAGCAAAAGAAGAGCAGGAGCUUCAGGAUAUCCAGUCUCGGUCAAAAGAGCAACUCAAUUCUUACACAUAAAUGCUUGCCACAGUAAUUCAGCAGAAGAAUUCUGUAGCUCUGACAAAUCAACAAAUAGCUGCUCUGCAGUACAGAUGUGUGUCUACCAAACAAAAUUAUAGAGAAGUGUAAAAGCUUCACGUUCGAGCUCCUGGAACACGUUCGUAGGGAAAUCCUCCCAUGGGUAAUCUUCCAUCCUUUCAUACAGAGAAUGGAGGUUUUAUUCCAGGCAUUUUAAAAGGCAACACUUCACAAUGAGUGACCAAAUUAUUCUUCUUUGAGACUUUCGGUAUUUACUAUUUGACAUGCAGCAUGAAGUCCUGCACAAAACUGUGGCGGGUGCUCCAAACCAGCAAGCAGUAGGGAUUCGUGCAGCCCUUAGACACAGGCACGUGUAAGACGCGUGAUUUAGGGUCUGGGUUUAUGUACCAAUGAAGCUGCGGCUGGAUGAGAUUUUCUGACGGCAGCGCGUGCUCAUUUGAGAGCACAGCUGUUGCAGCCUUUCCUAAGUUGUGAUAGGGCACUCUCUGAACACUCUUUACAUGGGCCACAGGAACAGCCAUCUACUUUUGUGCCACGCUUUUUUUACGAUGCAGCAGUCACUCCCCUGUGCUUACCCGAGUGUUGCGCAGCCGUCCCAAGCGUUAAUCUUUUUAUUAACUAUUUAAUGGAAUGUAGAUGCUUGGAUCUGGAUAAUGAUCCCCUUCUUUGAAAAUAAAUGUCAGCUUUGCCUUAAUAUUUAUUUUCUAUAAAUGUCUUAGCAUUUAUAUAGUGGCAGGAGACCAUUAUCCUACAUUGUAAGUAAGUGACAAGUGUUACCUUAUUAAAAUGACGCUGAUGUGACUACUCCAAACGAGCAGAUGAUGAGAAAGUUUGCAGAGUUUGACACAAACAGCAACAACGACAGCCAUAAAACAGAACACAGGACGUCCACCUUUCUCUAUCUUGGUGCUUAGCAAAUUUAUAGUCAGUGCUUACGUGUUUUCCUUUUUACAAAUUAAUUAGCACAUGAAGAAAACGUGGUGUUCAGAAAACGACGACACAAACUGGUGCCAUCUUAAAGUCAUUUCCCAUAGAAGUCUGCCUUCUAAUUAAUGUUUUAUUUCAGAAGCUUUCAGUGAUAUCUUGAGUAUUAGUGAUGGUAUAUUUGGUGUUUGUUCUAUAUGAUAUAUAUAAAUAUAUAUAUAUAAAUGUUGGGGGAAAAGUAAAAUACAUCAUUCGUUUGGGGGGGAAAAAAAAGAGUAUCUGAGUCAUACCCAUGUUAUGCUGACGUGUGGUUUGAUAGUUUUGACUGCUUGCUGAGUAUAAGUCAAAGGAAGCACAAAAUUUCCUGAAGUCGGAAUGAAAAGAGGCAUUUCUGGGGGGGUGGGGGUGUUAAUUGCAAAUACAAUUUCUCUUUUGUUAAACAUUGAAGUCUGAUUUGACAGCUUCAAAGGGGGGCAGAGUUGGUCGGUGUAGAGCAAAUAUGACAAAUAGCCUAGUGUAUGUUCUUACCUGUUGCAUGAAGGAGACAUUUCUACGGCAAUGCAGGUGAUGUUCUAGCCCAGUGUUUGCAUAAGGGUCAUAAUGGAGGCAGUGUCUUAAAGCCUAAUUCUUUUCUAAUUCAGUGUAGCUAUUACUGGGAGUUUUUGAAGUUUUGUUUAAGUAGUCUAAUAUUUUUAUGUAAAGAGCAUUAAAUUUUGCUAUGUAUAAAUUUUUGUAACCUAACAGUGAAUCAAUAUUUUCUAUCAGUGCCAAGGGCUUCCUGUAGUUACAUCCAAGUGUUAAAAUAAAUAUUUGUAGAUAAUAGA